AUGCCAACCGCCAUCGUCGCCGGCGCAACCGGCAUCCUUGGCCGGGAAAUAAUCGCCCACCUCUCCAACCUUCCCGACUGGACAAGCAUCUACGCCCUCUCCCGCAGCAAGAAGGAUACCUACCCAGCACAAGUCCACCAUGCCAGCAUCGACCUUCUCGCCUCACCCAACGAGUAG